UUGUGUUCUUUUGGUUUGUGUUCACCAUCUGCACUCUCAUUCUUUCUGCACACAGUGUCUGCAGAUGAAGUUCAGGCCAGCCCAAAUACAAAUGCAACCCUCCCCUGCAAUCUCACCCUAACAGAAGACAAAAAAGAUGUGUCUCUCAUGCAAGUCAGCUGGACAAAAAACGGCUCCCACAUUGCUUCAUUUGGAAAAGCAGCAACGCAGAUAAACGACAGCUUCAGCUGGAACACCACUGCUUUCAUCAAUGGAGACUUUUCACUCGCUGUCCUCAAAGCCGGCUUUGAUCUGCAGGGGGUGUAUGAGUGCACAGUUAGCUACAACUCCUCAAAUCUGUACUUCAGCAAUGUUACAUUCAGUAUCCUUGCCCCCCCCUCUCUGUCAGUGCCUCAGAAGUGGGUGGUGUUAGAAAGACAGGCCCAGCUUGAGUGUCGUGCGAAUGGUUUCUACCCUCCUCCUGUCUCUUUUUCUUGGACCAGAGAUGGGCAAGAGAUUAAACCCCCCUUCCAAGUGGAAGGUGAACUGACUCCAGACGGGUUCUAUCUGGCUGUGGGAAACCUCACCUUCUACCCAUCACGUGAAGACCUGAAUGUGACCUUUGGCUGCAAAGUUUCACACAUCGGCAUCAGUCAAGAGGUGGAUUUCCAGCUCAAUGUCACCAAUCUUCCCUCUGUUCGACUGUCUGUUGUGCCACCUCAGUCCAAUAGCAUUCCUCUUACUGUCUACUGCGAUGUGGAAAGUUUCUACCCAGAAGAAGUGUCUGUGUCCUGGUUUCAAAAUAGCACAGCCCUCCCUGACCCCCCUGUCACUGACCAGAACCCAGAUCAGACUUAUAGGACUAGGCGGUAUUUUACUUUGAGCCAUGAACAAAGACGCCAACGUGGGAUGGUUGAGUGUGCAGUUAACCAGCCGGGAGUAGUGGAUCCUGUCAGUAUGUCUGCAGAUCUGGACACACUGGAUCCUCAAGAUGAGGCUCCAGUGCUAAAUAAAUCGGCCAAAGCAUCCGUGGCCAUGAUGUGUAUCUCUAUUGUGCUGGUCUUCCUGCUCUGCUUUGGUUUCUCCUGGAGGAGAAGAGAUGAGAAGCAAAAGUCUCUCAGUGUGUCAGGAGUCAUCCUCCCUCCACGCGUGAUUGUGGGUCAGAAGGGCAGGGUGACAGUGAGCAUUGAGGGCAGGCGGGUGGACCGAGUCCAUACAGCAUGGUUUCUCAAUAACACCCCCAUCUCCGACACCUCUCUCACAGGAACCACCAACUCAAACUUUAACUGCCUUUACAACCCCCUAACCACCAUACAUCUACCCUAUGGUCUAACUCUCACUUCCCCAGUGUCAGAAAAAGGUCCUCUCCUGGCUCCUCGAGGUGAGAUGGGGUACUACAAGCUGCACACUCAGGGACCGCUGCACUCCUCCAAAUCUGGCACUCAGCAGCUGAUCUCCGCACUCACCUUCAUCCCCCAGAUUUCACUCCACAAAGGUGCUGUGUUUAAGUGUCAGGUGUCCUACAUAGGCAAGGACAAGAUCGUGGAAGAGAGGGUGUCCGAGAAGUUUACCGUUCUGUCUCCUCCGGAAGUUUCGGAGAUACAGCUAUCAGAGACACAAAAUGACUCAGAUGUCAUCAGCAUGACAGUCCGGGCAUCACAUUUUCAUCCGGAUGUCAUCACCUUCCGCUGGUUCUGCCAGGGUGGUGAGCUCAGCCCUGUGGCUUCCCAGGCGUCGUCCUCCCCUCGGCCAAAUUCUGAAGGCUUCUUCUCGGCUUUCAGCCAGUGCAAACUUCCAAAAAGCGAACUAGAGAAGGGAGCCACAAAAGUGUGGGUCAGUGUCCACCACAUAGCCCUGAAACAGCCAGUCAUGCGAGAGACCAGGGGUUUCAUCAAACGGCCGUCCGUUGCAGAAAUUGUCUGCUCCACCAGCCCUUCAGAUCCGACGUCUACUCUGGGGUGUGAAAUCACCGAUUUCUACCCUCCAAACAUAUCAGUCACUUGGCUGAGACUAAACGAGGGAGAAGAGGAUGACAGAGAGGAAGAGGUGAUAGAGGGAGGGGAGCUGUGGGGGCCCAUUCAAACUCAACCCAGAUUGUUCAGGGCAACAGCCACUCUGAAAAGGAAAACUCAGAUGGAGAGAAAGGGCCGAAGAGGUGGGAUCGUGUGCAGAGUGGAGCACUGUUCUCUGAGCCAACCACUGGAGAAGCAGUGGAGAAACGCUGACAUGGUUGCUCCCUCCAUUCCUCCAUCAAUAUCAGUCUGCUGGAGCAGUGAAGGCGUCGGUGUGUUCUCUCUCGUGUUGAAGGGAGGCCACCCUAGGGUCAAAUUACUGUGGGCAGCAGGCAGUUCCACACUUUCCCCGUUGGUGUCCAGUGAGACAGAGGAGAUAGGAGAUGACGGGCAGAGAGAGCUGAAAAGCGUGUGUGCCCUGGAAAAGUCCACAAGCCUGCAGCCUGCGACAUUCAAGCAGCCAGAGAAGCAGAAGAACAGACUUGCAAUAAAAACGAGAGCUGCUGUAAUGGACCCGGACACUGAAGGAAUAGAAUAUAUUGAUGAAAAAGUGGACAGCGACAUCAGCAGAGAUGAGGAAACAAUGUCUGAGGUGGAUGAGGACAGUGACAGAGAAAGACCGGAGGACCAGGGUGCACUGCAGAUAAACAGAAUAAGCCUGAGCAGAAGUCCCAAAGAAAACGAGAGAACACGUUUCCGAGUGUGUGUAGAGAUUACACACCCCACACUCAAGCUUCCUGUUUAUCGAACGUGGACAGGUGAGACACUCAAUGGUGUAUCUCUAACCUAA